AUGCUGCAGCUGGGGCUCAGCCUGCCCCGCUCCCCCGGGGCCGCGGCCGCCGCCUUCCCCAUGGCCGAGCCGGCCGCGGGCGAGGCCGCGGGCACCGGGCCAGAGGCGCUCGGCUCAUCCCCGGUCAGCAUCGUGGUCACGUCCGAGGCUGACACGUGGGACAUCGACACCUCCUCCUGCCCGGGCUGCGGCCAGUUCGUGGACUGGGACAAGAUGCCCGAGGCGCAGCGGCCGGCGCAGAUCCCGCGGGACGUCCUGGACAGGCCCCCGAAGGAGCUGAAGAGGCUGGCCAGGGAAGGCUGCUGGGCCGGGAGCCAUGCGGGCCGGGCCCGGCUCUACCCGCGGCUCAUCCAGCGCGUCUCCUGCCGCCUGGUCACCCCCGACGCGCCGGUGUACCGGGACGUGGCCGGCCGGCUCUUCGGGAAGCCCAGCGUGAGCUCCCACCCUCUGCCCGAGUUCCUGGAGGGCUGCCCCGUGCCCACCUACUGCCUCAACCCGCACGGGGUCACGGCCCUGAAGAAGAUCCUCAUCUGCGUGGGCGCCCUGUUCCCCGACAUCACGCACAGCCCCCUGCUGCCGGCCCUGGCCGCGCUGCUGCUGCACUACAGCCGGGACGAGGCCCAGUGCUUCGAGAGCGUCUCGCGCCUGCUGGCCAGCAACGCUCCCCACGCCGCCUACAUCGACCAGUCCUUCCUGGCCCACCAGGCCUCCUGCAUGACCUUCGGGGACCUGGCCAACAAGCACUGCCCGGCGGCUCACAAGCUGAUCGCCGGCGCCGCCGCCGACGUCCUCGAGGUCUACUCGGAGUGGCUGCGGUGGCUCUUCCCCGGGCUGCCCUUCGCCUACGCCGUGCGCGUGCUGGACGUGUUCCUGCUGGAGGGCCAGAAGGUCCUGUACCGCAUCGCCCUGGCCCUGCUGAAGCAGUUCCGGCUCUCGGUGGCCCCGGCCGGGCUGCAGGGCUCCGACGUCAAGGCGGAGCUGCGGGCUUUCGUCGCGAACAUCGCCGAGCACGUCACCGUGGAGAAACUCCUGGAGAGAGCCUUCGGCAUCCGGCUCUUCUCCCGCAAGGAGAUCUGGCUCCUCCAGAUGGCCAACAGGAAGGCCUUGAUGGAGAGGGGCAUCACCGUGGUGCAGAGGAGGCCGUCCUUCCACCUGGCUGUGGACAUGCAGAACUUCAGCUCCAGCGUUGUCACGGCGCAGGAGAUGCGCCUCGUCUGGUCCUGGAUCCCCGAGCGCUUCUCGCUCUUCCCCCCGCUGCUGCUCUUCUCCACCUCCCGGGACGGCUGCAGCCUGCAGAGGUUCUACACGUGCUGUGAAGGCUACGAACCCACGGUGCUGCUCAUCAAAACCACCGACGGGGAGGUGUGUGGGGCGUUUCUCUCCUCCGACUGGAGCGAAAGGAAGAAGAGCGGAGCCACGUCGGGCUUUUUUGGGACGGGGGAGUGCUUUGUGUUCACCGUGCGCCCCGAGGCAGAGAGGUACGAGUGGGUGCUCAUCAAGAAGCCGGAGCUGGCCAAAGCCGUGCCGCGCUCCCGGCAGCGCUCGCCCUCCCCCGCUCCCGAAUCCCCGCUCGGCUCCAGCCGCGGCUCCAGCCCCAACCACCUGGCCGUGCCCUCGGCGCAGAGGAGAGGCCGCCUGUCCCCGUUCCUGGCCAUCAGGCACUUCCUGCUGCCCUCCAAAACCGCCUCCAUGUUCAUGUGCGGCUCCCGGGACGGCAUCGUGAUCGGCGGAGGCGGAGGCCAAGCGCUGUCCCUGGACGCCAGCCUGCUCUGGGGACACACGGAGCACUGCGAGACCUUCGACAACCCCCCGCUCUGCCAGGAGAACUUCCAGGUGCAGCUCUUGGAGGUGUGGGGCUUUCAGAGCGCCUAGUUCCCGUGGGGACACCCCACGUUCUGCAGCCUCCGAGGGUAUCCAGGAUCCCCCAGCCCCGGCAGAGAUUCCUCCUGUCCCUGACUGGAAGCGCUGAGGGGAUGGCAGAGCCCUGCCUGCAGUUUGUGGGGUGCAGCGACAGCCCCGAGAGGACCCCACGUUCGGGGCUGAGCCCUUUGCUCUGUGCCCAGCCCGGGGCUGGCGUGGGGCUGCAGGGCUGGACACGCAGGAGAUUCCCCUUUGGGACCGCUGGGAUGGAGCAUUUUAACGUGGGGGGAAGGUUUGGUGUCACUGGGGUCACCAGGACGGGCCAUUUUAACGUGGAAUGGGAAGGUUUGGUGUCACUGGGGUCACCAGGACGGCCCAUUUUAACGUGGAAUGGGAAGGUUUGGUGUCACUGGGGUCACCAGGACGGGCCAUUUUAACGUGGAAUGGGAAGGUUUGGUGUCACUGGGGUCACCAGGACGGGCCAUUUUAACGUGGAAUGGGAAGGUUUGGUGUCACUGGGGUCACCAGGACAGGCCAUUUUAACGUGGAAUGGGAAGGUUUGGUGUCACUGGGGUCACCAGGACGGGCCAUUUUAACGUGGAAUGGGAAGGUUUGGUGUCGCUCAGUCAGACAUGGGAGGGUUGGAACCCUGUGGCUGCAGCAGGAAAACCUCUCCCACCCCAAACACACUUUCCUGGGUGGGGUCACCUCCCACCCAUCCCAGCCCUGCAGCCACUCAGGAUGGGAGCUGUGGCUGCCCCGGGGCUGUGCCAGCGCUGGCAGGAGGGCACGGCAGGGGCAGGGUUGGCAGAGCUCCCAGAGGGCACACGGGGAAUGGCUCAGAGCCUCCACAGGGCACCCAGGCACACCAGGAAUGGCUCAGAGCCUUCUCAGGGCACACAGGGAAUGGCUCAGAGCUUCCACAGGGCACACCAGGAAUGGCUCAGAGCCUUCUCAGGGCACACCAGGGAUGGUUCAGAGCCUCCGCAGGGCACACCAGGAAUGGCUCAGAGCUUCCACAGGGCACACCAGGGAUGGUUCAGAGCCUCCGCAGGGUAUCCAGGCACACCAGGGAUGGUUCAGAGCCUCCGCAGGGCAUCCAGGCACACCAGGAAUGGGGUGUCUGGGCCAGAGCCACCAGGAGGGGAAGCAGCAGGAAUGAGAAAUACCCAGGAGAAGGGAAUUCUGCCGUGGGAAGUGCAACCCCCGACUCAUCGACCACCGCCACAAACGGAGCCGGCCCGGCUCCAAAGGAGGGAAGAGCUGCUCCUGUGGCUGAUCAGGAUCCAGCUGGCAACCAGGGCUUGGAUGCCAGUU